AUGUCUGUGCGAGACACGCCAGCACAAGCUAGGAUGGAGGUAUUUGCCUCCAUCUUAGGAUGGAGGCAUUCAUGGUAUGGAGGCAUAUUCGUGUGUCUCCAUCCGUGUACGGAGACACGAGGAAUUGUCUCCGUGCCGCAGCGUCUCGGUGCACGGGGUGAAGGCACAUAUGGGAGUCAUACAAGGGUCCUUGGAGAAUUUUUCAACCAUCUUCAGGCUCGAGGAGCUUUGCUGGGACCGGAAGAUUACUCUGAUAAUGAUGGUCCUCUGAGAAGGUUGGAUGAUCCUGAAAAUGCACCAUUUCUGGAGAGCAUCAGAAAAUCCGAGUGCCCUAAAGAGCUGGAACCUGCUGACAGAAGAUCUUCUGUUCACAUUAAUCUCGUAAGGAAGGAUAAAUAUUGCCCUGAACCAGAGAAACGUCGUACUCCAUUUCAAGGUGUGGGUAGAACCCUAGGAAGUAGGACAAAUCACUGCCAUUCACCACAAUUCAACUUAGGCUGGCAGAUGAGCUAG